CUGUACCAUGUUGGAGAGAGCGGGGGGAGUGAGGGAGUGAUGGGCUGCGCUUCGGCCAAGCAGUUGUCGUCCGUUCCUGGAGAUGAGGAGGAUCGGGACAAAGCCCACAGCAAUGGAGAUGCCUUCUCCUCAGACGAGUACAAAGUAAAAGGGGUGGAGAAGGUGAAGUACAUGCAGGUGGGGGAGGAGGAGCGGAUGAACACGCGCAACCAGGAGCACCUGGUAUAUCACACACACACACACCUGGAGAAAAGCACAUUUUUGCACAAGGGCAAACACAAAGAGGUCGGAGGGAACACUAACAAAAUAAGCAUUCACUCGUCAGAGAGCCAGCAGGAGUUCUUCAGGAUGCUGGACGAGAAGAUCGAGAAGGGACGUGACUACUGUUCAUCAGAGGAGGAAGUGACAUAACCGGACACUGUAUUACCUGCUUUCCUCCUGGAGAUGAUCACUCCUCCUCCCCACAUCUCCUUUUCCCCUCCUCCGAGCGCCAAGCGAGUCCCGACCUCAACACUGAGCCCAACAGCGUCCCCUGCAGUCUAUGGUCAGCGCUGCACCACACUAAGGCAUCCGCAGGGGAGGAGGAACGGGGACGUGGGACGGAUGUGUGUCGUCGUGGUUACAGUGCUCUUGCCUUACACAAAGCCUUUCUCUUGUGUUUCUCACUGUUUCAGAGAGCGAGAGACACAAACACAACACUGUCCUGGACCUUUUUUUUUUUAUUAAAAAAAAGAGGACACUUUACAUCUCUUGCACGUGGAGAAUGAAACAUUUUGCUGCUUCGUCUCCUUUUUGUUCUUCUUCCUCGGAGAUGAGAUGUUCCAGGAAGCUGUCAAAAGAAACGAAACAAAAAGGACAAUUUUAAAUCCAUCCCAUACAUUCCAGGCAUUAUAUAUAUAUAUAUAUAUAUAAUGUGUGUGUGUGUGUGUGUGUGUGUGUGUGUGUGUGUGUGUACACACGUGCUGGAAAAGUGUAUUUUCUCACCAUUAAGUCUAAAAGUGUUGUUGUUUUUUUAUCUUCAUUUAUUCGUGUGAACUCUUCAGUGAUGUUCGAGCGUAACGCCGCUCAGGACCGCGAGUGUCGGAGGUUUCAUCGUUCAUCGUGUUUCAAACGUCGCACAACAAUCGCACCCUUUCAGCAUCGUAAUAUUUCGAACACAACGCUGUUUACAGGAGCCACCGUGUCUGUAACCAUAGCGACACUUUUCUGUUCGCGGCUCCUAUCAGCUAGUUAGCGUUUAAACGAUCUCGUUCCCCUGACUCGCACCUGCUUGGUCAGGAGUUUAAAAGAGAAAGAAGCCGAGAUGCUGGAAGUCGAGAGGAAAACGAAACAGAGCAUGAAAGCAGCCUGACCGACUCGAGUCUCCUGACGUGCCCAUAAACCACACUCGCGUCUAAUCCACAGCAGAAAAGAAAACAAGAUGUUGAUCAGUGCAUCAUUGUAUUAAUGCGCCCUGUUCCACCCCCUCCCCCCAACAAAUAAUAAUAAAACCUUUUAUAAUAAACAAA